AAUUUCCUUCGCUCGGCGAAAAACAAUGCUUCAAUCAGAUCUUUAGUUGCCGUCGGAACGUAUCCGUGAAUAGUUUUAAUCGAAAUUGUGUUUUUAAAUUUAAAAAAUGGAAAGUAAGGAUAAUACCGAUGCUCCGAGCGAACGCGGCGUGGAUGUGGAUAUAGACGAAAUGAUAAGAAAGGAACAGGAUGCAUCUACUGGAGUUCUCAGUGCACAAGUAAAAGGCCUCGACGCUAACCGCUAUGCCACGAAGAAGACCGUGGCCCAGGGCAUGCUGGACAUCGCUCUGCUGACUUCCAAUGCGUCGCAGCUGAAGUACGUGCUCCAAGUUGGCCCAAAGCAUGAGUUCUACACGUUGCUGGUCGUUCUUAUCUCUGUCUCCAUUGUGCUGCAGGCGAGCGCGGGAGUUUUGGCAAUAAUCAUAUCAUUCAUGGACAAUGAGGGAAGCCAUAAAGAGAAGAAAAUCGCUGAUUGGCUGUACCACGGUUCGGUGGGGCUCAUGACAUGCGCAGUCUUCUGUGAUGUUAUUAAAAUGACGUUCGGCCUCGACCCCGCGCUCUCCACGCAAGAUUUCUAUGGAAAUAGGACAACGAGCAUUGUUGAUAAGUUCUUGAACAUGAAAGCGUAGCAGUGAUGCAAAGUGCCACUUAUCAAUAUACGUUGUAGACAGUUUAGUCGUAAGGGUAGAAAUGGGUCAAAUAAAAUUGACAGAGUAUCGAUAUAUUUAUUUUGUGUUACGUUACAUCCCUUUGUUUAUUUUUCUUCAAUGAUUGGUCGGUUUAUAUUUUUACAUUUUUAUCACGAGUUUCUUUUAUCACAAUUUUUUCCUGCACUUUUUUUUUAUUUUGUGUUUUUUUCGUUUUUUUUUAGGUUGUGUCUGCUAUCGUGGCGGUGGUUCUCAGCCUUAUUUUCAAUAUAAACCGCGAACAUCACCUGCGGAAGGCCAAUGCUCUGAAUGACACCAGUUUAUUAUUUAAGAUU